AUGCUGACGAGUGCCACAUUCAGUGACUCGGGGAUGGAUGGAUCUUCUACAUCCCAUAUUGCAGAGACUCCGGCACAAGAAGAACCCACCGAGCUCAUCCCCCCCUCGGAAGCAAAGGUCGAAGGUGGUCUUCUCGACCAGCCGCCUUCUGUGGGCCGCACUGCCUCUCCGCCAGCAGACUCAUCUUACCUCAGUCUCAACGGCAACCAUCCGCCACCAAACGGCGAAAAUAAACUGUUGAGUUACGAGGAUAGCAAGCCGGGCAGCCCCGCUGAUACCACCGAGGAUAUCGACUUGGAUAACAACGAGGAACUCACACCGCCACCCGAUUCCCCCAUCGAGGAUACAUUGAGCCACACCUCAAGUAUCCCCCCUAAUAUUCUACAGGACGAAAUUGUUGUGGGGAGCAACGCUCAUAAUAAGUCUUCCCCAACCCAAGCUCCUGAAUCGGAAGACGUUGCGAUGGGCGAAGCAGAGGACAAGCCACUCAUCAUCCAGCAUACGAAACGGAAGCGGGUCUCGGGCGUAUAUGCCGAAUCCGUCGGUGAGAAGGACGUCAGCCCGGCACCUACCGAAGACAUGGAUAUCCGCCGCCCGAUUCGCCCCACCAAGGCACAGAGCGUCGGCGGCGUAAAGGGGGUGCUACUUGGCUAUUGGCGUGAUUCUCCCGCAGAGAAUGAGGCGGAUAAGCAUGGGGUUGUUGGAUUUAUCGACAUCCGAGAUCGCCUCCGCACUCGUAUCCAGCCCACAACCCGGGAUGGCCGGCCGAUGGACCAGAGAUAUCCGAUCCCGCCCGGCCCUGGUGGUAGCUGGGUCACCUUUGACAAGGUAGCUUUCAAUGACCACCUCGUUGGUCACAAUCACCAUGUGGUCAAAGAAUACGUUAAAAUCCGCGCCGAGGACCACCGCAAGGAUGAGGUGUCGGAGGGCAGGGCUAAGCUAGACCUGGAGGCCGUCGAGAAGGCUGCUGAACGCGUGAGGACUAACCCGCCCCCGGAUGCUGCCACGGCACCUUUGGUUGCCUACGGGCCCCAGGUUCCCGCUAAUGCCGUCAUUCCCAAUCGACCCGAGAGCAAGAAGCGCCGCUUGGCUGGUUCCUUUGGCGUGCCGUCCGAGUCGCCAAAGUCCGUUCAGCCGUCCCUCGAUAAUAUACCCGGUACCAGACCGACGAGGAUACUUCUUGGUUACUGGAAGUUGUCCAGCGAGGAGGAUCCCAUCAACAAACAUGCGGUGUUCGGCAUUCUCGGCGCCAACGAUAUGUUCAGGGUCAAGCUGACUCGUGAGACACGGGAUGGGCGGACCGUCAUUGGUAACUUCCCCAGUGGUGCCGGCGCGCUCUGGAUUCACUGGGAUGAAGUCGAGUUCGACCCCCAUCUUCGUAAGCUUAGCAGGAAUGAGGUUAAAGAGUACUGCCGGGUCCGGCAACGCCAACUCGACUUUGGGGAGGGCCCAGAGGAGCGUGUCGCAAAUGAGACCAAGGCUGUCUACGAAGCUCAGCAACGGGUCGUGCAAAGCCUUGCAAUCGGCAUACCCCUCCGGAAGGACGACCCGGAUCUUCUCCCCAUUGCCAUGAAGGGGGCCGUAGUGGUGGACAGCUACGGCCAUAGCUCUGGCAGCCCAGCAUCUUCCUUCGUGUCCCCUAGAAUCACCGAGGAACUCCGCCAGUCACGGCGCCUCGAGAACGGGCCCCGUGCGGCGGCGACAGCAGCGGGCCGCCAUCCUCUUCCCGACGUCGAGUUCGGUGCCGCCAACCGCACCCCGUCCGGGCCCAGCCCCGCCGCCCUCGAGCGCACCAACUCGCUCGCUCGCCGCGAGAUCGCCCGUCUCGAGGCUGCCCAGGCACGCGCCGACUUGCGCGCCGCCAGCCGCGAAACAUCUCUCGGCCCAGUCGCUGCGGCAGCGGCCGCGGCCGCCGCCGGGUUGACCUCGAAUCACAGCGCCGCAAACGGCGGCGACGGCAACGGGAAUGGCCACUUCCAGGACAACGUCUCCCGUCUCAACAAGGUGUGGGAGGCGCAGGAGGCUAACCGCCUCCGCGCCGGCGGCGAGGACGCAAAGAUCUACAUGGGCGUCAAGUAUCAGCGCAAGCAGAACGGGCCGUUCCAGGGCAAGCUAGUCAGCCAGGGCAUGAUUAUCACCAUCGACGGCGAGGACUAUGUCGAGUAUCGCGUCCUGACGAAGCCGACCUUCUUCUAA